AUGUCGCAAGGCUGCCAGGCGCGCCGUGAGGCGAAGCUAUGCUUGACAGUUCAUGAGGAUAUCAAAUGGCCCUCUGAGCUAGCGCAAAUGACAUACUUCACAACGAACCCGGGAGGGAUUGUCAUCACUCCUAUUAGCGAGUUCGAGGGCGACAGGGAGAGAGACAGGAAUACCAACGUUGGAUUCGGGAUUCGAGCUGAGCGACUCGAUUUGUAA